UUAGUAGCGAGAGCGACAGGCAGAAGUAAUAGUUCAACUUCCCGCCAGUGUGCUUAGUUAUACUUCGCUGCCUCUGCUUCUCUCUUUCUCUUCCGCCUUCUACGUUUCUGACACAGCCUCUGCUUUCAUCCAUUACGAUGGCAAACAACAUUGAAGAUUUCGGAAUUUCAAAAGAGGAAAAGGAUAAGCUUGUUGGAGAAGUAAUCCGAUACAUGCUUUUCAGAACCCAUCAAAACUCGGGGUGUCCGAUUAAGAGAGAGGAACUAACGCAGCUUAUUACAAAGAAUUAUCAUCAGCGGAACCUUCCUACUUUUGUUAUCAAUGAGGCUAAGGGAAAACUUUCCACUGUGUUUGGUUAUGAAAUGAGAGAGCUUUCAAGGUCUUUCCCAUCAUCUAAAGCUCAGACACGUUCUUCACAAAGUGGUGCGGAUGCAAAAUCAUAUAUCCUCAUUAGUCAACUUCCACCUGAUUUGUAUGAAAAAUAUGUUGUGGAUGAGAAUACAGCAUACAUGUCUGGUUUCACGUUUGUCAUAAUUAGUAUUGUACAUCUUGCUGGCGGAAAAAUUCCAGAAGAAAGUCUGUGGAGCCAAUUGAAUAGAAUGAAUUUGAAUGACACUGAAGCAAUUCAUCCUGUCCUUGGAAAUGUUAAGCAAGCAUUGGAACUUCUUGUUCAGCAAAGGUAUUUACAGAAGGACAAAGUUCAUGGUCCUGAAGGCAAUACCAUGUAUUAUGAGCUUGCUGAGAGAGCUUCAGAUGAACCAAUCAACAACAAAGUCAAGGAAUAUAUAACUCAGAUUAUGGCGGACACUGCCUAAUCAGUUGUUCGCUCUUCGGUAUCUCAAUUUGGAUAUAUUAUUCUGAUAGAGGUAAAUGGAGAGAUACUAACUAGGUUGUAAUUUACUCCUGAUCAAUUUAAGGCUUAAGCUCUGCAAGAAUAUCAUUCUACAUUUUGUGUUCAGCAAAUUCUGCUAAAAUAGAAUGUAUAAAUAUUAGUAAGAUGCAUGCAUACUAUGUUUUCUUGGCAUUGUAGAAGGGUAUUUGGUUUAAAUUUCCUACUAAUUGGAGUUAUGUUAUUUUUAGUUUA